AUGGCUACCGACGUUAUCACCCCCCAGGCGACUCCAAUCACCUCGCCUCCUCCUAGCCCAGCUGAAGCUCCAGCAGUAGCCUUUUUGGGUUCGAUGUCCACAACCGUAUCAGUCAAUCUUGAAGCCAAAGCUCCGUUUCCAGCUAUCCAGGCCCUCUUUGAUCAUCUUGACGCCCACCCCGAUGAGGUUGCUAAGCUCAAUGCAACCUACCCUCACCGGGGCGUCAUCAAGACUGCUGCCUUACACAAACUCGAGUCGGAUCAGAAGUUCACCAUCGACCUCUCGCCCAUGCGAAAUUCCCGGAUUCCAGAAGCACUACGUCAGUCCUUGGAUCCCCACGGCCUAGGUGAGGUCCUCGACUUCUUCAACGCCAUCAGUGCCCAGUAUGUACCCACCAUUCUGUCUUCUCUGAGCCUCCUCGCCGGUACCGAUCUGUCUGCAGCACACACCUCAUACAAUAUGAACUAUCACCUAUGUGAUUACAAUCCUAACACCGCUGCGCCCGAAUCGUCGAAUGGAUGCGGAGCCCACACGGAUUAUGGGACCUUCUCGAUAAUCUUCCAAGAUGGCACACCCGGCCUGGAGCUCGAAGAGACCCCGGGUACGUGGAUUCCUGUCCCAGGGGAUGCCACUGUUGUCCUGACUGGCUGGUGUGCCGUUAUCCUGAGUGGUGGCCGAAUUUCCGCUGCCAAACAUCGCGUUCGCCGUGCCCCGGGCGUGCGUCGGUUGAGCGCUGUCUUGUUCGUCGCACCUGACCUUGACGUGAAGUUGAAGCCUAUGGGUGACUCCCAGCCGACCAGAGCUCUCUCCAACACCAUCAUGCGCGGGGAAUUGGACGUUAAGACCUUCAAGGACGUUAUUGGGAAGAGAUGGCGAUACAGAGAGGGAAACGAAGAGAUGGACAAUGCAGACUCUCUAUCCCAGGAUAACGAGAUUGAGAACAUGGUUUGGGGCUAA